UGCACUUUUUCAUCCGAUGACUUUCAUUUUGUGACGGUGUGCCGCAAAAAUAAAAAAUGCACCGGUUGUACAACUUAGAAAGAUCAACAGCUACAACAUGCCGCCCCCGACCCAAGUAGGACAACUCCACAACCAGAAAAAAAGACUUCAAUAAAAUUUGUAGCGCCGAAGUCGUGACCAACUGACCCAUUACAUCUCGUUUCCUUGCCGCGAAUACCUUGAUUUCGCAUUUGAUAGCCCCACUGAAAAAUCAAUUGGAGUUGGUGCUAGGGACAAGUGGGGGCGGCAUAAACAAAAAUGCUUUUACGCUUACCUUCCCAAGAAAUCACAUGUACUACCCUUACUCACAUGCCGCCUAAUCAGUGUUGUUGUCGUCCAACGAAAUGGCCAAAGACCUGCCUGAAGCCCGCUUGUAAUUCAAAUUUGUGACUUUCCCGAGCCGACAACGAUCUCUUACAAUGAAUCGGAGAAAAGUAGUUCUCACCAAUUUGCUAUUUGAAUCUUUCAAUAUCAACCUUUCGGAAAGCCGCGCCGACGCCGCUCAAUUUUCCCAGACCCAUACCCAUAUGUAGCUCGCCUCUUACGGUAGAUGGAGGUCCUCAGUUAUUCUGGACAGGAUGCUCCAUAUCGAAUC